AUGUAUAGCUCGUGUAGUUGGUUAGUCACAAAACGUGAUGCCUUAGACACCUGCUCAAAAGACAUUAGAAUUGUAUUUAUAAACAAUCGGAUAAUCUCGAAGAAGCACAAUCGAGAAGUCAACAAAAAUUGUCAAAUCAAGAGCAGGGAAAAUACCAGGAAUUCAAAUGAUAGAUCAUUCAGAUUACUGCCCCCUAUUCCAAAUGUGGAUGCAUUGAUUGCCGAGAAAUCAUCUCAUAACAAAAUCUCGCAAUCAUGCCCAUCUCGUGACAAUUCCACGAAGACUAUCAAAGAACCUGCAAGACAAAUUAAACGAAAUACAUUUUUAGUGCACGAGCCCAGCAUCUUCACUGUAUCUGACAAUAAGGAAAUACAUGACAAUAAGGACGUAUGUGACAAUAAGGAAACCAGUUCUUCAGAUUUCACCAUGGAUGGCGUCGCAAAUAAAGCAAUCAAUAAUGAGUCACCGACAUCAGGAUCUGCUCCUAUACACGAGUAUGAUUUCUACGAGACAGACACGCGUGAAGAUGAUAGUCUUACCCAAAGUGAGAAAUGCGGAGUGGAGAGUGUUAAGAUUACUUUUCAGCAUUCAAUAUCUCAGUCGACGGACUCAGAGUGCGAUGACAGACUAGAAAACAUGUACACUGAACCCUUAAGUACAGUUGAUUACCUUUCGCCAUUCGACAACAUGGCUAUUGAUCUAGCCCAACAUACCGAUGCCGAAAGACUCAAAAGACCCACAAGUCUUUCUUUUGAGGAGACCGAUGGCUACGUGCCGUCUUUACGGAGGAAUAAAACAGCUUUAAGACGGGCUCGCUCAGGAAAGCUAGAAAAUGGAAGCAUAAUGGACUACAUUAGCAUUAGCAUGGUCAGUCCUGAUUUAGCGGAUAAGGUAAUGGACUGGGCAAUUCAACCGAAAUCCCCCAGCGAAAGUAAACUGAGUUUGCCUGAGAAGCAACCGAAUAAAUGUAAAUGUAUAUAUUUCAAGAAUCUCUGGGCAUUCCUGAUUGCAUUCAUUAUGUGUAUUGCACUCGCUGCCCUUAUCUUCUACACAGAAGGCUACUUUGUCCCGAAAGAGAUAAAGACUCCAGCAACCAAUGGGACCAAUUUAAAACUAUCUGAUGUUGUUCCACUGGUCACUGAUAACAAACACAACGGAACGGUUUCAAACGUAACAUACCCAACGGUAGAAGAGUCCAAACUACCUCCAAAAGUCAGUAUUAAUUGGCCACCAAAUGCUGGCUUAGCGUUUGCAUUAGCGAUAACCUUAUUGAUUGCUUUCGCUGUUGCGAUAUCCAAACGGGCUCGUUGUAUAGCUCUGUUGACACUUCCCGGCAUAACAACCUCUCGUGGUAGAGCGAUUAUGUUGACGAUUAUAUUACGACUGUUGGUUACUGGUCCAAUAACGAAUACAUUGGACAAUGCAAAGAAAAUCCCCGAAGCGACAUCGUGUCAAGUUGAAAUGUUAAGCAAAGAGGUGAAGGCCAUUCAAUCAGAUAUCUUAGCGAGAAUUCAUGAAUACAGUAAGGAGUUUGAAGAAACGGCGAGAAGAAUGUUUGCACUUCAGAUUGAGACGUUAAAAAGAAUUAUUGAUGCCCCGAUACGAACCUUGGAGAGUGUGUUAUCAGGGUUUCAGAAUAUCAAAAUUGAUAUCAGUGGCGUGAAUGCAAGUAUAAUUGUAAAUAAUAUAACAUUCUAUGCUCAUGACGUCGAGGAUUAUGCAAAUGAAGUUGAUGCGAUUCGUUACUUUGAGCGCCCUAAUGUAACGGGAACUGACAGUCUCUCUACUCUUGGUGGUAAACUUAGUGCCGAGUUUGAAGACAAAACGUAUGUUAUCCGCCAAGUGUUGUCUGUUCUAGGUAGUGUCCUCUCUGUGUCCGUUCUUUUAGUGUUCAUCCAAGCGUGUUGUUAUCACCGUGGUUACAGGCGUCAUCUCGACCAUGACAAUAUUUACAUAACACACGGAUUCAAGAAGUUAGAUCAAGAAAGACGGGGACACUUGAAAAAGACAUUACUUCCUUUGCGGAGGAAGGAGCGAUCUCAGUUGAUUGAUUCCACAUCGUGUUGUUUAUCAGGACAAGAACGUGUGGCGAUCCUUUGGGGCUUAAUCAUCAUUCUACCAUUCUUGGCAGCUGCUGUUCUCUUAAUCGGACUUGAUUUUGUUUUAUACCGAACACUGGAGGUGAUUCGCAAGGAAGCUAAUGUGACUGUGUCUAUAGAUGGCGGUAGUGGAUUCAAAAUUGUUCUUAAUGAUACCAGCCCCCGUAUCAAGCAGCUGUACUAUCAAGAGGUACCACUGUUGUUCAACAGUAACUCAACGAGUUUCAACUAUUCAAUGGAAAUCAACACCGAGCGAUGUCUGCCCGAUCCAUUGCCUCCAUUCUACGAAAACACCACCAAACUUGGAUACUUAAUCGGUAUGUUCGUUGGUAUUUUUGUCUUGACAAUUUUACAGUCGUACGGAAUACGACUCCAACAUAAGAUCGCGGCGACGUAUUACCCGAUACGAGAACAACAACGAGUCGUUUAUCUUUACCAUAACAUGAUGACGCAACGUGUGACGUUCGCGCAACUAUUACUGGGAAAAUUCAUGAACCGAAACAAAUUCGUCGAUCAGGAUAUAGGAUUUCGACGAUGGCUUGCAGCUAAAAGUCCACGUUUCGGUCGAGUAAUGAAAACGAUAGGAAUGCUUACUGAACAUUCAUGCGUGAGUUGUGGCUCAUUGAAGAAUCUGAGACAGAUCAGUGAUGAAUGGUGUUGUCGAACGUGCAUCAAUCGUUUAGACAAAACUAGCAAAACAAUUAGCAAGUCGCUGAGUAUUAAAUCUACUCCCACCAAAUAUUCCACAUUGCCAAAUACACAUGUUAUUUAA